AUGCAGCAGCAGGCGGAUUUUCCCUGCUCCCUAUGGAAUGGCGGCAUCCUCAUUCUUCUGUGGAUCACCUACACCCAAGCAGCAUGCCUUGAGGAAACAGCCCUCAACAAAGCCUUCUGCUCGUAUGCAGACUACAUGGGCCGCACAGGAAAGUUUCUGCCGCUCCUACCCACCUGGACGUACACGGGCAUAAUCAAAUUCAUCACCAUAGCGGGGGGCACCAGCCUGGAGGCAAAGCAACUGGUGUCCGACACAGACCUGGCCUCUUUUCAGAAAAAGUUUGAGGCCCAGAGCGGGGCGAAGGUCAGCUUGAGGUAUCUCAGGAACGCCAUUGUGAUGGGGUACAUAAAAAAGGACGGCCAAAUGGCGGCAGGGUAUGUUGUAAAUGCAGUGCUGCCGCUGCGGUACUUUUCCUUUCUGCCGGAGCUUGAGCGUUGCCAGCUGCCGGGAGAGCCUGGAGAAGAGGACUUCGUCGAGAUCACAUGCAUCUGGAUUGAUAAGCAUCUCACCAGAUACUGCGAUCGCGGCGUGGUGUACCUUGACAGCGUGGAGGUGGCCAAGCGCAAAUCAGACAAGCCGUACAUCUUGGGCGGCAGCAACGUGCCACGCGUGCGCGAGCAACAGAUGCAUGCCUUCACAACGCCCCUCAGGUCGUUCGUGUCUGUCGUGCACAAACCUCCGUGCCCGUACUGGAUCUACUACGGCAGCCCUGAUGCUACCUUGAUCCGGAUGUGCAAAACCAUGCUCAGUGUUGUAUUCUGCGACAUCGCUGCAGUAUGCGGCCUGCACACCAACCAUUCGGCCUUUUCUUACAAGCGCAUGUACAAGACGCCUGCAAAGGGCACUGCAAUCAUCCAGUAG